UAGACAAGUGAAACGUCACCAUAUUUAUUUACCAUGUACUUAGAAAGGUUUUACUCCGUUAAGUUGUUUUCAUUAGGUGUUUCACAUACAUUAUCAAAGCAUCUCAAUACUCCUUUUUCAAAGUCACCGAUUGUAUUUUAUAGACAAAUGUGUACUAAAAGUGAUACCGAUCAAAACAUUGACAAGACGAUACAUGAUGCCCACAUCACCGACAUUCACGACGUUCCUAUUAAUAUUAUCCAGCGACCAAUACCUCCAGUACUGGAUUCAGAGAAACUCAAAUCAUUGAUGGAAACUAUUAAGAAUCCCAAUACCAGGCAUCUUGUGCCACCCAUUGAUCUUUUGUGGAUCACAGGAUCAGAAGGUGGAAACUAUUAUUAUUCAUUUGGUGGUUGUCACAGAUUUGAAGCAUACACAGCUUUACAAGAGAAAAGCAUUCCUUGUAAACUAAUUAAAGGUACAGCAGAAGACCUUAAGGUUUACAUGGGAUCAUCUGCUCCUGAUCUUCGAUAGAAAAGAGAUCCUACAAUCACUGGUAUGGUAGUUGCCUUGAGGUGCCACAUUUUUUCAAUUUCUAUUAG